CGUAUGGUUCAUCGGUUUAUUUUGUUGGUUCUCCUACCCCACCUACACUCCUUUAAUGUCAUCUCCCAAACGGCGCCCUACUGUGGUUUUAAGUGCUUACCCAUUUUAAGAUCUCAAUUCACUCCCAUCUCUGCUGAAUCUUGCUCGAAAUUCUACGCAGUUUAAAGGGUUUCUUGCUUGAAGCAUUUGGUUAUCUGGGUCUCUCUCCUUUCGAUUUAGAAAAUGAAGAUCACUGUGGUUUCGCGCAGUGGAAGAGAAGUAAUCAAGGGUGGCCUUCAGCUCAGUGAUUCUGCUACUGUGGCAGAUCUCCAGGAGGCAAUUCAUAAGAGAACGAAAAAGUUCUACUCUUCAAGACAAAGACUGACCCUCCCUCUCCCAGCCGGAUCGAAGGAGAGGCCUGUUGUCCUUAACUAUAAGAAGAGCCUGAAAGACUACUGUGAUGGAAACUCGGACAACUUAACUGUAGUUUUCAAGGAUCUGGGUCCGCAAGUUUCUUAUCGCACUCUCUUCUUCUGGGAGUACCUUGGUCCUCUGGUUCUCUAUCCUGUAUUUUACUUCUUUCCCGUUUACCAAUACUUUGGUUACAAAGGGGAACGUGUCAUACAUCCUGUUCAAACAUAUGCUUUGUACUAUUGGUCUCUCCACUAUGCCAAAAGAAUUCUGGAAACAUUUUUCAUUCAUCGUUUCAGCCAUGCA